CCCGCCCCGGCCGGCCCCGCCCCUCCCGGCCGCGGGCUCGCGGGUCAGACCGGCUCGGGUCCCCGCCGUCUUCCCGGGCUCCUCUGCGGGCCGCCGAGCCGGGCUGCAGCGCGCAGAGGGUCCCCGUGGCCACCGAGUCGCCGGCCAGGACGUGGACGGCCUGUCGGGAGAGCGCUGUCCUGUGUGCCACCUGGAGCAGAUUGCACAGGCUCGGGGACGCGGCGGCAGGAGGAGGCCAGAUCCCAUGGCUGGAAGUUAUGGUGUGAUGGAUGAUGACGGCUCUAUUGAUUACACAGUCCAUGAAGCCUGGAACGAAGCCACCAAUGUUUACUUGAUAGUGAUCCUUGUUAGCUUUGGUCUCUUCAUGUAUGCCAAGAGGAAUAAGAGGAAAAUUAUGAGAAUAUUUAGUGUGCCACCUCUGGAAGAAACAUUGUCAGAGCCCAAUUUUUAUGACACAAUGAGCAAAAUUCGCUUAAGACAACAAGUGGAAAUGCAUUCCAUUUCAAGAAAGUAUGAAUAUCAACAGCCACAAAGCCAAGCUGACAGUGUGCAGCUCUCAUUGGAAUGAAAUAUCAGAAUGAGCAACGGAAGUGAUUAUGAAGCAGUAUGGAACCUGUUCCUUGUCCCCUCUGCUAAAUCAUGAACAGCAUUUUACAAACUUGUCAGAUAAAGUCAUCUUACCUGUGCCUCUCCUCCUCAGCUUUCUAUUGCUGCUUCUUCUAGGUCUUGCUGCAUAAGUACAAAAACCCUUAGAAGAUAGUUGCUUUGUGAUGGGGGCUUUCCCUUUUGAGGAUCUUUGAUGUCUUCAGGAUACGGUGAAAAAUACAAGCGUGUCUUUGGAAGCAAGAAUCCCGGAGUUAAUGUCACUUGAGAAUAUUUUUAGAGUUAAAACAUGAGAUUCAGUCAGGUGUGGUGGUGCAUGCCUGUAAUCUCAGCACUCAGGGAGGCAGAGGUAGGUGGAUCUCUAUGAGUUCAAGGCCAGCACGGUCUGCAAAGCAAGUCCAGAACAGCCAGGAGGGUAACACAGAGAAAUUCUUUCUCAAAAAACAAAAACAAAAAAACUUGUUGGGGUUGUUUGCCCUUAGCAUGUGGUCUGUGAUGUUUAACAUCAGCAAAAGGCUACUUUGGGCUGCUGUCACUGCUGUUAGUGGUUCUUUGAGUUAGUGCUCUUUACUUUGAGACUUAGGAGACACAUGAUGGACUGCGCAGUCUCUUCCACCCCGUGAAGUACAUCCUACCUGCUGCUUGAGGGUACUUUCUGUCACUGCAUUUGUCUCCCUCUGAUUAUAUUCCCAAAAGUUGCUGUUUUGUUCCUGGUCCCAUAUUUUCCUUGCCUCCGUAGGGCUCCUUGAGGCCAUGCUGUUAGACAGAGACAUCACUGCCUUGCUGUUGGCAAUUUGUUUUCCCGUGGUUUCAGUACAUUGUUGAGUGUUACAGCUAGUGUCUCCUGCUGUUUAAAGCUUUGUUGACUGGUAGUUUUGUACUAUACAAUGGAAUGAAUUUUUAACCUAA